GAACGGAACAUUCCAAGUUCACCAACAACCGGAUCUCGCUCACCACCGAGAGACACCCUAGCUUUUGAGAAAGAUGUCAAAAGAUUACGACGUGAUAUUGCCGCUAUAUCCGAUUUUUUUGAUCAGAUAAGCCCUUUUUUAAGCCGCCGCGUCAAUAGGAUUGUUGAUGCUGGACUUUCUAAGGCUCACCAAAGUGACCUUUACGAGCACCAUAUAGAGCUGCUUACAGAGAUUGGAGGAGUUCUUACCGUAAAUGAUACCAAUCCGGCUAUUGAGAAUCGUAAGCUUGACGAGAUGGAGAAAAAUAAGAGGAGGAUAGAACGGGAGCGCGAAAGAGCGAGAGAAAGAGAAGCUCGAGAAAUGGCACAGCAACAAAGCUUACAGGCAAUUCAAGAGCCUAUAGAUGAAAGUGCCGUAUCUUAUUUACCCGAUUCGUCACUUCUUUUUAUAGAUAUAGAGGGGGAAGCGCGUUUGUGAGGGUAUUCAAAUAUGUCAAUUUGUAUGUAAAAUUCG